AAGCCUAUGUACAGCCCCCCUUGGCUUGGCACCUAAGUUUAUCAUGAAAUCAUAAGUUCAAGCUAAUUAGCAACAAGCAGGCAAUUAAGAUAUAUUCAACGACGAUGAUGAAGAGCCAAGUAGCUUCCCUUCUCGGCCUCACCAUGGCCAUCCUCUUCUUCUCAGGUGCACAUGCAGCCAAAAUCACUUUCACAAACAACUGCCCCAACACUGUCUGGCCAGGAACCCUAACCGGUGACCAAAAACCUCAAUUAUCACUCACCGGGUUCGAAUUAGCAUCCAAAGCUAACCGGUCAGUGGACGCUCCAUCCCCAUGGUCCGGUCGCUUCUGGGGCCGAACCAGAUGCUCCACAGAUGCCGCUGGAAAAUUCUCUUGUGAAACUGCAGACUGUGGCUCUGGCCAAGUCGCAUGCAACGGCACAAGCGCAGCUCCACCAGCAACUGUAGUAGAAAUUAAAAUCUCAGAAAAAUGGGGACAAGAUUUGUACGAUGUUACUCUUGUUGACGGCUUCAACUUACCCAUUUCCGUCGCCCCACAAGGCGGCACCAGCGAGUGCAUGGCCUCGACUUGCGAUGCGAAUGUUAACGCAGCAUGCCCGGCUGAGUUACAAGUGAAAGCGGUUGAUGGGAGUGUCAUCAGUUGCAAAAGCGCUUGCAUGGCAUUCAACGAGCCGAAGUACUGCUGCACUGCGUCGAAUGAUACAUGUCAACCCACAGAGUACUCUCAGAUCCUUGAGCAGCAGUGCCCUAUAGCUUAUAACUAUGCUUAUUUAUCCUGCAAUGGCGGACCUGACUACAUCAUUAGAUUCUGCCCAUAUGGUAUGUCUACUCGCAGCCACAAUAAAAAGAAGGAUUCUUUAGAUGUAGACCUUGCAACUCUUAUUCCCUAGAUAAAAACCCACCUAAUUCUAAACAUCCAAAUAAAACCUAAAUUUGAAAUAGAUUACCAAGUAAAAAAGUAAUUGACCUAUUAUUACAAAAUAUUUACAACUUGUGCCACAAUAUUCAAAUCAAAUCAAUAAAUGUUAUUACUCACCUUAAUUAUAAUGAACAAAUAAUUAUUGCACA